AUGUUUAAGAUUGUCGUCCUUUGUCUCGCCGCGGCAUAUGUCUCUGCCCAAUACGCCCCUCAGUAUGGCUAUGCUCCACAACCUCACAAAGCUGUGAAAGUCGUCGCAGCUCCAGCAUAUCGUCCUCCCGUUUAUGGACAGCACCCCUACCAAAAUGAUCCUUAUGCCAAACCCCAGCCAUACAACUUUGGUUAUGAAAUCCGAAAUGACUAUGGGGAUCGUCAAUGGCAGCAGGAACAAGGUGACGAAUAUGGAAACAAGCAAGGUUCCUUUGGUUACACUGACGCUUAUGGAAUCAGCCGCCAAGUGGAAUACGUUGCUGAUGAGGGUGGUUUCCGUGCUAAUGUCAAAACAAACGAACCCGGUACCGCAAACCAGAAUCCUGCUGACGUCAACGUCUAUUCUGAUGCACCUCCUGUGAAAUAUGAUGUACCCCCGAAGGGCUACGCUCCCCAUAACCUGGGAUAUGCCGCCCCUGCUCCUAAGAUCGUCAAAACUGUUCGUCCCGUAGCCUACGCUGCUGCUGCUCCUGCUUAUGGUUAUGCUCACCCAGUUGCUUACCCUUAUGCUCGCCCUGCCGUCUAUGUUAAACCAGUGAGGGCCUACCAACCUUACUAA